UUACAUCGCAAACCAGCGAAAAUUAGAAAGUAUCAAUGACAAUGAAGUUGGAUUUUAUGUUGGACUUAAAAAUCUGACUGUGGUGGAUUCAGGCUUAAGAUUUGUGUCCCGUCAAGCAUUUGUGAAAAACGUCAACCUACAAUACAUCAAUUUAUCCAGAAACAAGCUCUCAAGUUUGUCCAAGAAGCCUUUUCGCCAUCUGGGUUUGUCUGAUCUGAUAUUGGUGGACAAUCCAUUCAAGUGUUCCUGUGAAAUUAUGUGGAUCAAGAAAUUUCAAGAGACCAAGUUUUACACCGAAACUCAGGAUUUAUAUUGCAUAGAUGACAACAACAAGAGGACAGCCUUGCUGGAUAUGAAGGUCCCGAACUGCGACUUGCCCUCAGCAAACUUAAGCAAUUACAACAUCACCGUGGUGGAAGGAAAAAGCAUCACAUUGUACUGUGAUACUACUGGCGGGCCACCCCCUAAUGUGUCCUGGGUGCUCACUAAUCUUGUUUCAAACCAUGAGAGUGACACAAGUAAGAACCCUGCCUCACUAACCAUAAAGAACGUUUCAUCCAUGGACAGCGGACUGUGGAUUUCCUGCGUAGCAGAGAACAUUGUAGGAGAGGACCAAGCCUCUGCCGAGCUCACGGUAUUCUUUGCACCAAAUAUCACGUUUAUUGAAUCUCCAACCCCGGAUCACCACUGGUGUAUUCCAUUCACUGUGAAAGGGAACCCUAAGCCCACAUUGCAGUGGUUCUAUGAAGGGGCUAUACUGAAUGAGUCUGAAUACAUCUGUACUAAAAUACAUGUUAUCAAUCAAAGUGAAUACCAUGGCUGCCUUCAGCUGGACAAUCCUACCCACCUGAAUAAUGGUGCUUAUACCUUACUGGCAAAGAAUGAAUACGGAGAGGAUGAAAAACGGGUUGAUGCUCAUUUCAUGUCAGUGCCUGGAGAUGGUAGUGGCCCAAUUGUGGAUCCAGACGUUUAUG